AUGAAACGUCAACGACUGGAUGGCCAUGUAAAUGAUGGUGAUGGCUAUAUUCCAUAUGUGGAAAAGCUUUAUAGGAAAACACAGGAAAAUUAUGAAGAAGCUGGUGGGUUUAUGGAUGAUGACGACGAAUACGCCAGUGUACGGGAACAUAUAGCGAAAGCACGUCAAAAACGGGCAGAUGAAGCAGCGACUAAUUCAAGUUCUAUGAUACCACCGGAUAAUUGUAUGGAUUGUAAAAAUCCAUUGUGUAAUUCUUAUUUGUGGGAAAAAUUCAAUUAUCCUGUUUGUAACACAUGCAGAAGUGAUAAAGGUGAUCACAAGUUGAUUUCGCGAACGGAGGCCAAAAAUCAGUAUUUGUUAAAAGAUUGUGAUCUCGAUUUACGUAAACCAAUUUUGAGGUUUAUUUCGAAAAAGAAUCCGCAUAAUCCUCGUUAUGGCGAUAUGAAGCUAUAUCUUAAAGCACAGUUGGAGCAGCGUUGCUUGGAAGUGUAUGGAUCAAAGGAGGAAUUUAAAAAAGCGAGAGAAGCACGUAUCACACAAAAGGAAACACGACUGGAAAAGCGCUUCGAGAAGAAAAUUAAAGAAAUGAGGCAGCAAGUACAUGGGUCAAAAAUUUUUAAAUUUGAUUAUGGCAAAGCUCACGAUCAUGUCUACGGUGAUGAAGCAUAUGAUUCGGUGAAGGAUGAAUAUUGGAAAAUAUGCAAAAUAUGUGACUAUAAAUUGACCUAUGAGAAGAUUUCUGGACUGAUGGAAAAUGCCGAUCAGCAAGUACUCCGUACGAGAAUUCACAGUAUCCCAGCUGAUGUUUGUCGAAAGAUUUGUACGGGUCAAGUUAUUAUCACGUUGGGAGGUGCGUGUAAAGAACUAAUCGACAAUUCUUUGGAUGCUGGAGCAAAGACUAUUGAGGUACGACUCAAAAAGAUGGGAUUUGAAAAAGUAGAAGUGAUUGAUGACGGUUCCGGUAUUCAUUCUAUCGAUUUCGACGCUUUGUGUAAACCACAUUCUACAUCGAAGCUUACUAAUUUCUCAGACUUUAAUCAAUUAACAACAUUUGGAUUCCGUGGUGAAGCUUUAAGUUCAUUGUGCGCCGUAAGUAAACACCACCAAGCAUUGGUAACACCAGGUGGUAAUGCAUCAGUUAAAGAUAUCAUUGUGAAUCUUUUUGGUACCCGUUUUGAAAAAGAUACAAUACUGGGUAUUGUUGAGCAAAAACCGGAUGAAGCUGUAUGUGCUCUUUAUGGCAUCUCUGAGGAUGCAAAAUUCGAUGAUAUUAGAAUCACUGGUUACGUAAGUUCUUGUGUACAUGGACAGGGAAGGAGUGCUGCCGAUCGACAGUUUAUUUAUUUCAACAAGAAACCGGUUGAUUAUGCAAAACUUUGUCGAAUAGCAAAUGGGGUAUAUCAACAAUACAACCGAGGGCAGUAUUGUAUGCUUAUCCUCUUUGUUGACGUCCUUCCUGAAAGUAUUGAUAUGAAUGUGUCACCGGAUAAGCGUUCUGUAUUCUUCGAACGUGAAAAAGAAUUAUUCUCAUUGUUACAUGCUUCACUACUGGCGACUUUUGCUCCACAUCUUGGUCAUGUCAACACUUCAAGUCGACUCACUGAUACCAAUCAUUUGUCAUAUUUAGGAUCCACGAAUGAUUCAUUCAUCCAUUUAGCGCAAUCAAACGAUAACAACGAUUCAUCUGAUAUAUCUACACCAGAUUCUUGUUCAUUUUUGGGAUCAAAAGACUCUAGUCCACCGAUAACUAUCGCAAGAGAUAAAUCACGUGGACCGAAAACUGUAGAAAAGAGUAGAAAAAGACCUGCCGCAAAUAAUUGUUCUGAUAAGUCCGCUUCUGUCCAAAAACGACCUGCAGCAAAUUUAUUUGAAAAAUUUGCUUUCAAAGUGAUACCUCAUAAUUCCGAAUUUAUUGCUGACAGUUGCACCACUAGUGAAGAAACAUUACGUUCAUCAUGUUCAGUAAUUGAUCAGCGAGAAAAUGCUAAUUUUAGUUCUUCGUUACGAACUGUAGUAGAGGGUGCAUCAAAAGAUGAAAACAUUAUGAUAAUACCUCAGGAAGAUACGAAUUUUCCGAAUCUAAGCGAAGAAGAAGAUGAUGAUGAAGUACUGGUGACAGCCGUGAAAAAUGACAAAGUGGGAACAUUUAUUUUUGAAACUGAUUUUAGUUUUGGCAUUGCACGUCGUACACAGCAAACAAUAUCAUUCUCAAUGUCUGAUCUCAAAAAUCAUAUGAAUAAAGUAAAAGCAUCGAAAAUUGUGUUGAACGUUCGUGAUGGUGCUGAAAGAGUAAUGGAAUCACGCACAGAAUUUCGUAUUGACAGUGCAGAAACGGCAGAAAGUGAAUUGACUGCUUAUAUCUCGAAAAAAGAUUUUGAAUCAAUGGAAAUAUUGGGACAGUUCAAUAAAGGUUUUAUUAUUGUGCGGCUAAAUAACGAUCUCUUUAUUGUUGACCAGCAUGCUAGCGACGAGAAAUAUAAUUUCGAACGAUUCCAGAAAAAAGCACGCAUACAAACGCAACGCUUGAUCAGUCCACGUGUCUUGGAUCUUGGAGUAGUAAAAGAAGCAAUAUUACGUGAUAAUGUUGAUAUAUUCAAUUACAACGGAUUCGAAUUUCGAUUCGAUGACGAAGAGCUUGUUGGUAAGCGUGCAUUACUAACCGCAGUGCCAGUUCUGCAGAGUUGGCAGUUCAGUAUAUCAGAUAUUGAUGAGAUGCUUUCUGUAUUAUGCGAUUUUCCCGGAAUGAUGUAUCGACCAGCAAAAUUGCGGAAACUUUUUGCUUCACGAGCUUGUCGUAAAUCGGUUAUGAUUGGUAGCGCACUUACAAUGACACAAAUGGAAAAAAUUGUUCGUCAUCUUGGAACACUUGAUCAUCCAUGGGUAAAUCUGCUAGUGUUUGCAAUUUUGUAA